UUUAACCUAUUUUAAAAAUGCAGAUUACAUAAUACUUCUAGAAGCUGCAAAACAUAGUCUUCCUUUAAUUUUUAACAUGUUAUUAAUGAUAGGUUGUUUUAUGUAUGUAGGAGCAGUAAUAGGAAUGUGGUUAUUUGCGGGAAAAUUAAUGUUUAAUGAAAAAGGCUUAUAUGAUUAAAUAAACGGAAAGUCACCAAGAUUAAAUUUUAAUACUAUACAAGAGUCUCUAACCACAAUUUUUGUAUUAUUAUCUGGUGAUUAGUAUAAUAUUGUUUGGAAUAAUUGCGUUAGAGCAGUUGGAGGGUCUGUUUCUCAUCCUUAUUUUGUUAUAUUUAUGAUUGUUGGUAAAAUUAUUUUUCUGAAUUCAUUUAUAGCUAUAAUUAUUUCUUCGUUUGAUUUAUAAAGUAAAAAAAUAAUUGAAACAUCUAAAUAAAGUUAAAUAUAAGAAUUCAAACAAAGCUAAGAUUAUUUCAAAAAAAACUUUAAAAAAAACAUAUUAAUUAUGUAAUAAGAUAAAUAUAUAUAUAAUUUUAUAUAUAUAUAUAAUUAUAAAUAUAGAAAUAAUAAAUUAAACAAAUAUUUAAUUAUUUAAAUGAUUGUUCUUGCUUUAUUUUCCAUAAAAAUUCUUAUUUAAGAAAAAAAUGUAAAUAAUUAAUUAUAAAUAAAUACUGGAAUUUAUCGGUCAUGGGUAAAUAAUAAAAAUAAAAGAACUAUUUCUAUUUUUAUUUUUUUAAAUAAAAACAUUUUUUUAGUUUUAAUAUUAUUUAGUUCAAUAAUUCUUGCAUUUGAUAAUCCAUUAGAUGAUCCAAAUAGUACAUUUAAAUAUUUUUUAUUAAUUCUAGAUAUACUUUCCACCACAUUAUUUUGCUUAGAGGCUAUUAUUUAAAUAAUUGCUUAAGGAUUUAUAUUAAAUUAUUCAAAUAAUAAAUACUCAUAUAUAAGGAAUAUUUGGAAUCUUUUAGAUUUUACUAUUAUUACAGUUAAAAUAAAAAAAUGUGUGUGUGUGUUUUUUUUUAUUUUUUUUAAACAAAAAAAAAAGAUUUCAUUAAUGAAUUUUUUUGAUAUUUUUGAAAUUAAAUAAUUAAAAUCAAUAAAAUCUUUAAGGGCAUUACGUGCUUUGAGGCCUUUAAGAGUAAUUUAAAGAAAUUAAUCAUUAAAAUUAUUAGUAAAUGGUUUAUUUUAAACAAUUCCUAUAUUAGUAAGCUUGGUUUUAACCUCAGGGAUAAUAAUAUGGAUAAUUUCUAUAUUUUUAGUAGAUAGAUUUAAAGGAGGAUUUCAUUAUUGUAAUUUACAAUCUUAAGAAAUUUAAAAAAAAAUCCAAACAAAAUAAGACUGUUAAGAUUAAUAAGGAGAAUGGAGAAACUUUUUUUUAAUUACGACAAUAUAUUAAAUUCUAUUGUAAAUCUGGCAAAAGUAAAAAUAAAAAAAACAAGUUUUUUAAAAAAUAAAAUAAUAAAGAUCUUUACAGGUGAAAAUUGGGUUCCAAUAAUGUGGGCAUCUGUUGAUUUUGUAGAUAUAGAUAAAUAGCCAAUACUUAAAAAUAACUUUAAUUAUUGUGCCCUAUACUUUUUCCUUGUUUUUUUGGGAAAUAUAUACGGUAUGA